AUGGCCUCCAAAAAGAUCAUCACUGUCUUCGGUGCUACCGGCAAACAAGGCGGCUCAAUCGUUGAGAAAUUCAUUUCUGACCCAAAGCUCAAAGAUGAAUGGGCUGUUCGAGGUGUCACUCGCGAUGUCUCCAAGGACUCAGCCAAGGCACUGGCUUCGCGAGGUGUCGAGGUUGUUAGUGCCGACAUGGACGACAAGGAGUCUGUCUUCAAGGCUGUAGCUGGCUCCCACACAGUUUUCAGCGUAACCAAUUACUGGGAGAAGUUGAGCAAGGAUGGCGAGACACAGCAAGGCAAAAACAUUGCAGAUGCUGCCAAGGAAGCAGGAGUCCAACACUUCAUCUGGAGCACUCUCAUCAACGUCACAAACGUGAGCAAGGGAAAGCUCACAAAGGUCUACCACUUUGACAGCAAGGCCGAGGUCGACGCCUACGUGCGCAGCCUCGGCAUCCCUACCACGUUCUUCCUGGCAGGCUUUUACCUGAGCAACUUCGAAGCGCCAAUGUGGUUCCGCCAGACCGGUCCCGACAACGCCUGGACGUUUUCCAUGCCGGGGCCCAUCACGUCGCCGGUGCCCUUGUACGACGUGCGCGACACGGGCAAGUACGUAAAGGCGAUCGUGCUGAACCGCGACGCGCUGCUGGGCGGUCGCGUGCUGGCCGCCACCGAGUACCAGACGUUUGAAGAGAUGUUGGUGGACUUCAGGCGCACCUUCCCGAAGGAUGGUGCCAACGCCCGGUUCUACGAGUUGUCGGAUGAGCAGUAUCUCGAGGGCGUCAGGAGCGCCGGCAUGCCCGACUUUGUGGGCGAAGAGCUGCUCCAAAACAUACAACUGCUCAGCCAGUUUGGGUACUACGGCGGCGAGAGCCUUGACGAGACGCGCAAGCUGGUCGAGGGCGUCGGCGAGAGGCUCACCACCUGGGCUGAGUGGUUGCCGCAGUCUGAAGUUUUUAAGAAUCUCCAAUGA